AUGCGCAACAACAUCUUUGCCGCCAUCGGGCUGCUCCUUGCUGGCGCGGGAGCCUUAGCCGUUGGGUCUGACGAAGCGUGCGCCAAGGUCAGCGAUCUGUGGAUAAGCCAUAUUGACUCCCACAAACCGGGCUCGCCAAAGGUGCCGGCCGCCCUGGCCUACCAGUGCCUCAACUCCGUGCCUCUCGACAGGACGGCAGCCCUGGACCUGGUCCACUCGCUGGAGCCCUACCUUCAGUUCCAGUCGGACGCAGCCUACAAGGCGGACCCCCCUACUGGCUACCCCUUUCCAGCCUACGAUCUCUUCGCCAACCUGGCCAAGGUGAAACAGAACCUGAAGGACAGGAAAUACACCAGCGAAUAUACCUUUCAGGUAGACUUGCUGGAAACUGUUUUCAUGCCUGGCCACGACAGUCACUUUCAAUUCAUACCCGAUCUUUUGUUUAAUGCUGUUGCGUGGAGUCGGACCGAUGUACUGGCUUCUGUUAGUGAAGACGGCCUCUCGCUACCUGCUAUUAAGCGUUACGACGACGUCAGGAAGAACCCCGAGACGGCACCUGUCAUUGCCGCCAUUAACGGUAUUGAUGCUGCUACCUUUAUGGAGUCGAUAGCUGCCAGGGGUACUGAGUGGACCGAUAUCGAUGCUGGCUACAACUCCAUGUUUUUCGACCGAUCUACCUACAGCAAGACCGCACAGGUCGGAAACUUUGUUUCUGGCUACAACUAUAUUGGCCUUCUCUAUCCGGGAGCGACCACGACGUACACCUACGCCAAUAACGGAACACCAGUGACGGUGGAUAACCUAGCCGUCCUUCAAGGAGACUGGAGGACUCUUCGGAAUGGAACUGCCGUCUUUAACAUGUUCUGUGCUCCCAAAGGCAGCAGCACGCCGAUUCCGCAGCCGACACACCCAUACAUAUUCGACGUGCCUUCUAUGGCUGCCGCUGCAAAAGGCCAUUUUUUUACGUACCCGGAGCCAAAAAUGGCCACCUCGGAUCUUGUCGUUUCUGGAUACUACCUUGAGGACAGUGGCUUAGAGAAUACCGCUGUCCUAGCUCUUGCUGCAUUCGCCAGCAACAGCACUGCCGAGUUUCAGUCCGUCUGCCGCACAUUCCUAGAAAUGGCGGCAGGUGCUGGAAAGACGAAGCUAGUGAUCGAUCUGCAGUCAAAUGUUGGAGGUCUCUUCGUCCAGUUCAUCGACUUGCUCCACCAAAUAAUACCCGAUAUUGAAGAGGACUACUAUUUCCGUGGCAAGAUGAGCGAAGAGGCGAUCGCUCUAGCCCGCAGCACAGGCGAGCGGCUUGCCAACAUUACCGACCCCCUUGCGAGCACGGAUACAACUGUGGCAUGGGAUUCGAGCCUUUGGUAUACAGAUUACCGUUUUGGUGUCGACGUUCAGAAUCGGCCAUUCAAGACGUUUGAGGAUAAGUUUUCAUCACAGUCCUUUAAGGGGACCAACUAUACAUCCCUCUAUCGCUGGGAUCUGAACAACAGCAUGAUUACAACAAACAAAGAGUAUGGCGUCGGCAUGGAGGUUACGGGCUAUGGCAAGCUGGCCAUUGUGGGCCUGCCACGGUUCAAGCCCGAGAAUAUUGUCAUAGUACACGAUGGUAUCUGCAACUCUGCCUGUGCGUAUUUUUCAGAGCAUUUAAGUCGUUACGGAGUUAAGACUAUUGCCAUCGGAGGUCGUCCAAAGGUUGGGCCGAUGCAGGGAACGGGCGGCGGUAAGGGCGGUCCGCUUAUCCCCUACCAAUCCCUCUACAAUGCCGUGCAAAGGGCGAAGAAGGCAACGACAGACCCCUUGCGGCUGGCAGUUCUGAACCGGUUUAGCGAUACCCCUAUACGUCGAUCUGUUGUUGCGACAGUGACCUCGGCCGAUUGGAUCCAAGCGAGGCAUGUUCAGGAUGGCAUACCGACCCAGUUUACCACGAACCAUGCCGACUGCCGCCUUUUCUGGACCGCACCCAUGUUGAAGAACGGGUCCGAGGUUUGGAAGGCAGCGGCUAAUGUUGCCUUUCAUAAUGCCAAGUGCGCUUAUGGCGGCAUGAACAACAAAAAACCCCUGACGCAGGACCAAGACUCUUGA